UGUUUACAUUUCAUGGGAAGCGGUAGAUACAAAAAGUCACUAGUAGCCAACACUGCUAUCCUAAUCAUACAACCAUCAGACUGUGAGCACGGUUAGUCGUGCUGUAAGGUCUGAUAUGGCCCGAACUAAUCAGGAAACUCCAGGAUCUGCCAGGACCAAGACACUAACUAAAGGGUCAAAUGGCUCCACUCCUCGUAGGACCAGAACUCCUGACUCAAGCAAUUUUGGAUAUCUUAGACAGAGACUUGAAAGAAGGAGUGUGACUAGAAAUCCUAUUCAAAAAUUGGGAGAAGAUGAUAGCUUCCAAGCAAAGACAAGUCCUACAUUGGAACGGUUGAGAAUGACACCAGGGAGAGUGUUUAAAGAUCGUCAGACCCUGAUAAUGAAGCAUGCUGAAGCCAAGGACAAAGUGGACUGUCUCAGUGUAGGAGGGGGUGUGGCCAUGUGGCCCGAGAUGGAACGAAUGAGGCUAUCCCGUGGAGAUACAGUUCAAAUCAUCCUUGUUGCAAUUACGCUAUUCAGCACUGUUAUCAUCUUGUUCAAUUAUCUUCAUGGUGCUGUGAUGUCCAACUUAUUAUUUUACUAUGGGAAGCUGAAGACACACCACACUUCCCAUCCUGUUACCAUGACAACACAGGAACAGUUCAACAUGAGCCUCAUCAGCUGGCAUAAAGACUUCACCGAGUUACUGAAUGAAAUCCACCAGCGAUUUGAUGUGAGCAGUGUACCCCUAACCUACCAUAUAUAUAUAUGCUGCUAUGCUGCAGGGCUCGGUACGCUGAUGUAUUAUCUCUAUGAUAGCAUGUUUGCCAAAAAUAAACUUUCACCCAAAAGGAUCAAGAAAUGGGUGUGUCUGUUGACCGUGAUUGGGACAUGGACAUUGGCCUUGGCUUGUCUGCUGGUUUGUGCCUACCUCGUGGAGACUACAAUUCAGAUCAAUGUCCACCUUGUUGGUGAAGUACUGGGGGAUGCCCUAACUACCAAUUUUGAUCUUACAAUGCUUGGACACAUGUUGGAUUAUUGGAAGAUGCGAUGUCUGCCCCCGACGACGGCAGGGAUGUUGACUAUCUUGGGGGUUGUGGCAGUAAAGGACGUUAUGUAUUAUCUACAGUACUACAGUUUACCUAUAAUUACUGUUCUGUUUACACCUGUAUUUAAACUUAUCGUGUCUCUUUACACCAUAUACAACAUCAAGACACACUGACACCUGUAUUUAAACUUAUCGUGUCUCUUUACACCGUAUACAACACACUGACACAUGUACAGUUACACCAUAACUCUCUAUCAGGUUUACCUGUAAUCAACACCUGUAGAUAUUCUAUUACUUACAUGAACAGUCUGUAUUUGACCUAAUAAGCAUAGUUCACCUUUUUUAGAAGAGGAUAUGUGUAUUUAUUACAACAUAUAAACCUUCCUUACCUCACUGAUCUGUUAAAAUAAUCUCCAGUCUUUUAACCAAAGUCUCUGAAUUGUUUUCUUCACAUGAAAAUGUAAAAUAUGUAAAUGAAAAAAAAAUCUGUUGUUUUCUUCCACACAGAUUUCACUGGUAAACUUUUCCUUUUACAAAGUUUAUUAAGUGCACCAAGUGUUUUUGUUUACUAAGCACUUUUUGUUUAAUAUUAGGUCGCCUGCAGUAAAUACUUGUGUUAAGUACAAUUUAUAGUUGUACAUGUAUAUACAUAAUUGUAAUACAAUUCAUUGGGAACUUAUUUGUUUGAGGGGGAAAAUCUUGAAACAAAAGCAAUUUUUAACCAGAGUUUUCAGUUAUCUGUCCCCGAUAGUGUCCCCGACUUUCUUAUCAGUUGUUACACGUUCAUAAUUUGAUUUAAAAUUCUGGUAAAUGAACCUGAAUCUCCGUAUAAACUCAGUUAAUUCAUUAGAUAAAUGUUUCUUAAUUUGCAAGAUCAUAUUUAAAAACAGUUACUGUGAUAUAUCAACUCUCUAGAGAUGUCCAGUAAAUCUUGGCUCUGCCUGGUACCUGUCUGGGACUGACUCAUAGUAGAUAAGGAAUAGUGUGGAAUAAUAAGGUUUUGAUUUAUUGUAUACACAAUUGAGACAAAGUCUAUAUUAAACCGUUAGUCCUAUAUCAUUAUUUUACUUUGUAAUAUAUUUCCGAGGCAUGGCGGUCAAUGGUAUGACGUAGGGCUGAGUGACCAAAUUAUAACAUAUUGUUGAGGUACGCUGUCACACUGGUCAAUGGUAGGACGUAGGGCUGAGUGACUAAAUUAUAGCAUAUUAUUGAGGUACGAUGUCACACUGGUCAAUAGUAGGACGUAGGGCUGAGAGACCAAAUUAUAGCAUAUUGUUGAGGUACGCUGCCACACUGGUCAAUAGUAGGACGUAGGGCUGAGUGACCAAAUUAUAGCAUAUUGUUGAGGUACGCUGUCGCACUGGUCAAUGGUAGGAUGUAGGGCUGAGUGACUAAAUUAUAGCAUAUUAUUGAGGUACGAUGUCACACUGGUCAAUAGUAGGACGUAGGGCUGAGAGACCAAAUUAUAGCAUAUUGUUGAGGUACGCUGCCACACUGGUCAAUAGUAGGACGUAGGGCUGAGUGACCAAAUUAUAGCAUAUUGUUGAGGUACGCUGUCGCACUGGUCAAUGGUAGGAUGUAGGGCUGAGUGACCAAAUUAUAGCAUAUUGUUGAGGUACGAUGCCACACUGGUCAAUAGUAGGACGUAGGGCUGAGUGACCAAAUUAUAGCAUAUUGUUGAGGUACGAUGUCACACUGGUCAAUGGUAGGAGCUAAGCAGAGCAAAGUGACCAAAGAGUGUAUCAUCAGUUCCAGUCCCAGGGGCUCUGUGUUGUAUCAUCAAACAGGCUUUACUCUGUCCAGUUCCAGUUGACUUCAUUGUAAAUGAGUACAUGACAGGGCAGUGCAAGAAAUGUGUAAGCUGUUAGCACCGAUUUGCUCUCCAGGAAGUUGAGAAAGAAAUUGAUGUAGUUACUUAAGGCCCAAGAACCAUCAAUAACAAUUUGUGAAUUGCUUUGAGACGGCUCUAUUGCAGCGGUUCAGAUUUAUUAUUAUCAAUAAUUAUAUAUAUAUACAAUGUAGUUGAACUUAAUGUUAUAUAAAAUAUUUUGUUGGACAAUGGUCGCUGCUUUGUGUCAUAAACUAUAUCAAAUCUUUGCAGGAGAAUCAAAGACAUAUUACAUUCCUACAAUAUUCAAACAUUCAUUGUCUUAAUAUAGAUCAUCACAUAGAUACCAUACCUGUACAGGUCCUUACACAGGCACUUGAAUAUAAAAUGCUAAAUUUCAAAAUUUUAGAUAUGGCAGGGGUCUGGGUACUGUGGAAAGUAGUACCGAGACCCCUACCAUACCUAAAACUUUGAAAAGUAAUUUUAAUAUGUAAGUGACUGUGGUCCUAUAUUGUUAUAAUCUGUAUAGACACAAAAAUCAGUGUAAUGUAUGUAUGUAUUGUGAAUAUAAAAUAUUUAUUUUUAA